AUGUCCCAGAUGGUCCAGAAACCACAGAUCACUAACAAACACAUGCAGUCAAAAAGGAAGCAGUGUCAACCUCCCCGAGGUGGCAGCUGCCACCGGGGAAAAUGGGUUUGGUCAGUGACAUUUUUUAGACCUUUUCCCGCUCUUGAACUUGCAGCCUCCUACGAGCAGGAGGAAGGGCAGGGCACCCAGCAGAGUGCUCCCAGUGACCACGAUACCUGCCGCCAGAAGCCUUACUGGGAGCAAGUCCGGGUGCGCUUUGCUCUUACACCAAGUGGGGGAGACACGCUGGGUGUGGUGGGGCAAGACACAUACCCCCUCCUGUUGAGCGCUUUCUACCGCUGUCCCGUUCAAGUCAGGCCCCGCCCCGCUUGUAAACCAGCCCCCAAGGCUGUGCCCCAGUUCCCCGGGCACCUGGCGGGGCUCGGCCACCAGGUGGUGCUGCUGCUCCGAAAGUCCCAGCCCGCCCGCUCCGCCGCGCCGCGCCCCACGUCCAGGCCUGCUCCUAGCCACGCCCCCAGGCUCCGCCACGCCCCAACUCCGGCCACGCUCCUAGCCACGCCCCCAGGCUCCGGCCCCGCUCCUGCCGUCCAGUGCCUCCGCCCCCGGCCGGGCUGCGGCCCGGAGGAUGGCGCGCGAGCAGGGCGCACUCACCUGGGCCGGGCGCCCACUGCAGCCGCGCCGAGGGCGGACGAGGGUGGCUGCUUCCAGAGGUGGGGUCAGGUCGGGUUGUCCUCACCGCAUUCAUGGCGCUGGCCGACUGAUGUAGAAAAUGACAGUCCCCUCGUGCUCCACUUUCCUCGUCUGCAAAAUGGGGAUAAUCACAGUGCUGACCUCAAAGAACGUCCCGGGAAUGAAGUGUGUCCUUCCCUGCAGAGUGCUCGGAGGGCCCUCAGCACCCGCUCCCUGCCAGCGAGAAGCGGAGCUCGGAGGUCUUCCCCCUUCCCCGGGGCCCCAGCCCUUCCCUGCGGGGACUCUGCGCUGCCCGAGGCCCAGUGCCUGGGACACACCUUCCGGCCGCUGGUCCCUCCACGAGACCCCUUUCCACGUAAGGGGUGUGCCUGCAGCUGCCUGGCCGGGACCCUCUCGUCCCCAGAGUCUCUGUUCCUGUCAAAGAGGAGGACCCCAGCCCAGAGCCCAGGGAGGCGGACACGGCCGAAACUGCCAAAGACACCCAGCCGGGAGGUGCCCGUGCCCGCUGCCACUGUGACACCAACACGGCCCUGCGCACGGUCAGCGGCUGGUGCAGGAGGCGCCUCCCACCAGGGUGAAGCAACGGCCACCAGGUGGACACCAGCCGGGCCGCAGACUGAGAGCCUGGGACCGGCCAGCCUGGUAUUAGGGCCCAGCCGUGGCUUUAGCGACCAAAGAGGACAUCAGGGGGGGUGUGAGUCCGGGGAAGGAAGUCUGGAUACCCACAGUGGGUCAAGACUCUCACUUUAUAACCUUCUGGGGGGCUCUAGACCCCUUCUUUGGGACCGUGCUGAGUGUGGCAUCACUGAGGGUGCAGCCCCCUCUGAUGGGGGGCGGCUCUGGCCCUUUCCCUCGGCGGCUGGGGGCUGUCCGCGUCUCCCUCGCUGCUCCUUGUUUGCGGGCAGGGUGGAGGGCAGGCGAGGAGCGAGUCAGAGCCAUCCCGGCACCCCAGCGCGCCCCGUGUCCCCCCGGGCUCUCCUGCGCUGGCAGGGAGGGAGCUGUUCCUCGGAGGGCACCGCCCCACCUCCGGCAGCCCCUCUAGGGGGCCAGCACGGUGCCCACCCAGACUCCACGCCCCGCCACCCUCUACAAUACGAAAGAUAGUUUAUUGAAUCUAUA